UCGAAAUCGCCUGGAUUGGCAGCUGGCAGCGGGCCGUCAACAACGUCUUUCAAUCGCUGGAAAAUCUAACUGGAGCUAUCAUCAUGAUACCAGAUCCCGACAGCGAGUUGCCAUUUCAGGACGGCGGUAGACCCAGCGCAAAGCUACCCGUCACCUCUCACCCACCAUGUCGUCAAUGAACUCAUUACCGCGGAUCGUGGAGCCUGUACAGCGGUGGAAGAGGUUCGGUGACAAGCAAUUGUUUCUACCAAACCACGUAGUCGCCCUCCUCCGCCCCAAGCCCAAACAGUCCCCCCACCUCGCCACCUUUGCCGUCCCCCUGCAAUUCAACAAGCUCGAUCUUCGGGACUAUCUUCACCAUGCUUACGGCGUCGAGACGACGGCUAUCCGCUCGUUCAUCAACCAGCCCAAACCCGAGAGGAAGAACAAGACUGGGCCUUGGUAUCGACCCAGGGCGCAGAAGAUGAUGAUUGCCGAGCUGGUCAAGCCGUUUGUGUGGCCGGAGCCGGUGAAGGAUGAGGAGGCUCUCAAGCCGUGGGAUCAUGCAAUGUACCAGAAGCUGCAGAAGGAUAGGAGGGCGCAGGAGAAGAAGCAGAAGGACCCGAAGAAGGUGCCGUUGAGGAACAAGUUUGCGGUGCCGGAUGAUGUGAAGAGUGUGAGUCAGCAGGCGAGGGAGUUGUUGAGGAAGGCGAAAGGGUUGAAGGUCAAGGAGAAGGGGUUGAAGGUGGAGGGGAAGGAGGAGGGGAAAAGGGGGGAGGUGAAGGAUGAAUAAGGGGGUUGGACUUGUUCAGGCAUAAAUGGGAUAUGCUUGGGGCGAGGUAAAUACGCGGAAGUGCAGUUCUGAGAAAGAAUGAUCAGGCUGAAGUGGUCGGCUUAGUUCGGCUGUCACUGCUGCUUGGAUAAGGGGGCUCAAACGCUAGAAUUGAGCAGAGCCAAGGAGAGAUACUUGGCAAGUGUAUUAUAUGCCAUGGACGC